AUGGACGAUCCAACAACCCCCAAAUCCCCUCACAGCAUCAGCUGGAUCUCCGAACGAACCCUCUCAGUUUCCACCAACUCAAGCACAACCUUGACAGACACACUCAGUCCAAUGAGCAUCUCCUCCAGCAUAACACCUCUAGACACUGAAUCACCCUUCCCAAUCGAAUCCCCCACAUUCCGCGAAAGUCCCAACUUCCACCCCCAUUUCCUGCCCCUCCUACGCCACCUCUCCUCCCAACUCUGGCCCCUCGUCAACAGCGAAACAGGCCUCGAGCACCCGGACUUCCCACCAAACAUGCUGGCCUACAACCUUCUGACCUCGGAGCAGGUCGAUAACCUCGCCCGCCAUUUCGAUCAGGUCUACCCGCCUGUCCCGGCUACAUUUAAUUAUCCUGUUUGUAUUAAACCGUGGAUUGGCACGGAGGAGGAGAAGACUAUUGAUCUCCCCACGCGGGUACGGAGGUUGGGGCAGUUUUUUGGGCUGAGGGGGUGUGAGGAGGAUGUGGAUAUGGAGGAUGUUGAACAAGGGAAUGGAAAUGAGAAUGGAAAUGGCAAUGGGGAGAGUAUCAGUGAGAGUGAAGCCGAGGUGUUACGGCAGAUGGAGUUGGAAUGGCAGCAGGCAUUGCAGAGGGCGUAUUCUGAAGAGUCGCAUCGGUGGAAUUUGAAGUGA